UUCGAAGAGAAGAUGGCUGACCAGUCACAGCAAGGCAAGAGAGAAACCUUCGUUUGGACAGAUGAAGAAGUGGAGCAGCUUCUUCCAGUUAUGUUGGACAACAAAACAAAAAAAAAAAAAAAAAUUGAAGAAGGCGUGGACUGGGAAUUGGUGCAAAGUAAAUACGCAGAUAUUCUGCAAGACUUCAAGGCACAGUAUCCAGGUGGGACGGGCACUGAUUACCCUCGUGAUAGCAACGCCAUCACCAAAGCCCAGGUUACUGCCAAAAUUAAAAACAUCAGCAAAAAAUACAGGCAGGCAGUUGACACUGGACAUCAGAGUGGCCAGGGAUGUGCAGUGCUCCUUUUUCUUGAGCUGUGUGAGCAGGUUUGGGGUGGUGCUCCCGCCACCCGCCGCAUUGACUGCGCCAUCAAGUCUAUGAACGUGGCAGAGUCGAGUCUUGCGGAGUCGGGCAGUACAUCACCAACAGAACAGUGAAGCACAGAGUCGCCUCAGUCUGCUGAAUCCUCUGAUUGUCUCCUGCUCUCUGUAGUCAAACAGCACCGGGAAAUGCUACAGCAUGUCCAGGGAGCAGGUGAGUAUCGCUGAACUCCUGCUGUCAUUGGACAGCUCUGAUCUGCAGGAGGCGGAGCAAAUGAGAGCCGCAGUCCACCAGCGGCUGAGUACAGACAGGGGAGGCAUCGUCCUCUCCUCUCUGGUGGAUCAUUACCUGGACUCCUCCUCCUCGCAGGCAGUGCUCCUCCUGUCCUCCAUCAGGGAGCCUCAUCACAAGACCCUGCUGGAGAAGCUGAACGAGUCUCUGAGCAGACCUGGAUCCAGACUGGCUGCUGUCACCCUGCUGGGUCACCUGAUCGGGAAGCAGCCUCCUUGGGUCCAUCACAUCAGCCAGUCGCCGCUGCUGCCGGCCCUGCUGCGCUUCCUCAAGACUGACAAUGAUGUGGUGUUCCUGAUCACCGGAGUCCUGGUCCUCAUCACUCUCUUACCCAUGAUCCCCCAGGCUGGGAAACAACACAUCUACGACUUCUUUGACGUGUUUGGCCGCCUGGCAUCUUGGAGCUACAAGAACCCUGGUCGUGUGCCCAUGGUCUACGUGGUCCACCUCCAGGCAGGUGUGUACUCUCUGUUCCACCGUCUGUACGGGAUGUUCCCCUGCAACUUCAUGUCCUACCUGAGGCUGCACUACAGCAUGAAGGAGAACCUGGACACCUUCCAGGAAGUGGUGAAGCCAAUGUUGGAACAUGUUCGGGUUCACCCACAACUGGUUACAGGGACUCAGGACAAUGAACUCGACCCCUCCAGGUGGAGGUGUUAUGAAGUCCACGACAUUGUGAUCGAGUGCUCCAAACUUUCUGUGGAUCCUCUGGAGUCAUCUUGUGAGGAGGACAUUUACUCAUCUUCCUCUGUCUCAUCCAGACCUCCUUCGGCCUCCGUCCCUCUCCUUCACCUGGACCUCAAAUGCACUCCUCCCCUCACAGAUCCCGUCAGCAGCACAGGGAGUUCUACGUUGUUCAGAUGUCAGCUGACACCCAGCACCACCUUCAUGCAGACAGGUGAUGUCACAUGGAGCCCCUCCUCCCAGUGUGGUUUGUCGACACCCCCUCUUGAACCUGGCCCCAUCAUCCCUCCACAGAGCAGGUGCACUUCUGUCUCAGGUGUGACAUGUUCCUCGCUAGCCUCUGUUGCUCCGCCCACUGCAGACAGCCAGGUAACAUCACGUUCACUGCCAAAGCAGCAGCCAAUCACUGCCCAGCAGCAGACAGCGCUGAGUGAUGUCAUCAACAACAACGACAGUGCAAAUGUUAAACUUGAGGAGUCCCUGCCACCUCCCCCUGCCUCCUCUACCUCUGCUCAGCACCUACUCCUCACCUCCACCCCCAGCCCUGAUGAGGGAGGCCCCUCCCUCUUUGACAGUAACCCCGCCCCUCUAUAUGAAUCCUUGUUUGAGCUCACUCUGCCCCGAGCCGCUACGAUGUUCGUCGGGAAGAAGACGCUGGAGGCGAUGCAGAGAGCAGCUGGGGAGCAGCAGAAGGAUGAAGAUGGAGAGGAAGACCACACCUCCAUCUCUCCUUUGCAGGCCUUGGACCAGAUGAUCAUCCAUGGACAUGAAGCCCACAAACGCCUCAGCUGGAGCAGGUCUUCAGCAGGAAGUAAGGUGGUGGAUUGGGGUCACUGUGGAGGUAAACAGCAGAGCAUGAGAAGCAAAGACACUGCCCAGGUGGAGGAGCCUCAUUCCCUCAAUAGUCAGCUGCUUCUGGUCCACAGUCAGCUUCAGUACGAGCGCUUCAAGCGGCAGCAGCACGCCAUCAGAAACCGCCGCCUGCUGCGCAUAGUCAUCAGUGCCACCGCGCUGGAGGAGCACAAUGUUACCAUGAAGUCCCAGCUGGUCGUCCUGGACGAGGAAAUCCGCUGCCUGAAGUUCAGUCUGAACAAAGAACAAGGACGUUAUGCUGACCUGCAGCGAGACAUGAAGACGCAGAGCGAGCAGCUGCAUGACCGCGUCCGGCGGCUUCUCCAGCGUCAGCAAGAGGACGCUAGAGUCGGCCAGAGGCUGCAGAGCGAGCUUCAGGAGAGUCAGGGCAGGCUCAGAGAUCUGGAGGCGGAGCUUCAAAAAGCCAAUAACAAGGCCUAUAAUGCUGAGCACCAGCUGAUACAGCUGUCACUCAAGUUGUGCAGCAGUGAGCAGCUCCAGCAGCAGAUCUUCCUCCUGAACCAGCAGCUCGUCCUUCUAAGAGAAGCCAACAGAUCUCUGAGUGAGCAGCUGGAGGGAGGAGACCCCCACAGAUGGACCGAGGCGGCCAUGCUGCGGUGCAGCUUAGAGAAGGAGUUCCAGAGACUGAAGGACAGCGACGUUCAGCUGAGACAAAAGCUGGAAGCAGCCAAUCACAAAGCAGCAGAGCUGGAGAACCAGUUGGCCAAGAAGGAGCAGCUGAUUCUGGAUCAGAAGAGACUCCUGGAGGAAACCAAGAACCAGAGCAGCACGGAGCUCUCAGCCUCAGAGAGUCGCUGCCUCGCUCUGAAGAGGGUCACCCAGACUCUGCAGACGGAGAUGCUUCACCUGUACAGCCUGGUCCACCUGGACGCACAUGGCAGGUCAGGUAGCAUGUCCUCACCUGUCUCCCCUGGCUACGUCAGGCCCCGCCCCUCUUCUUCUUCUGCUGUUGGUAUCAUUAAUGGAGCAGUGGAGGCCCUCUCCACCUCCCCCCUGCACCUCUCCUCCUGCUCCUCCUCCAUUGAGUCCCUGCUGGCUGUCGGUUCUUUCCUGGAGCAGCGAGCGCGACAGCUUUUCAGUCCAACCAGUCAGAGCCCAGAAGAGGAGGAGGAACAGAAGGACAAAGAGGAGGAAAAGGAGGAGGCCCCGCUGGAGAGCCUUCCUUUGGGUCAGGAGGUGGAGGAAGCCAUGCUCCUCACCGGGAGUCCUGGGAUGGAGCCUGUGAGCCGGGAUGCAGACCCUGUUCUCACCGUCCAGCAGAGGAGGACCCAGUUAGGCAUCAUGGACUACGAUGAGUCACUGCCAGAGUUCUGAUGGAGGGGGCGGAGUCAGGCAGGAAGGGGGCAGCGUUAGACAAGGAAGUAGAGGGCUAAUUUCAGAGAUGUAUUUUAAUUCCAGAUGAAACGGUCGACUGUAUUGUGAACCCGGUCCGACCGGUUCUACAAGUUCUGCUUCCCUAGCCGGGUCCCAUUGCAGACGUGCACUCAGUUCUAGUUGAAUAGAGCCAGGUCUGGUCCCCAGCGCCAUGGUGGUCAGUGUGUUUGAUCAAUGUUUGAUCAAUAUGUGAUCAGGUCUGAAAAACCAACUGUGACCAUGCGAA